CAAACACGAUACGUCAAUCAGUCGUUCAGUGGAAGUCGAGGAGUGAUCAAGUCCCGUUGGAGUUGAUGAUUAUAUUUAUCAGCAGAAGGUAUACCUACAGUGAACAUCACGCAGUGGUGCGCUAAAAGUAUAAAUACACACGAACGCGAUGCAGGCGGCAGUAAACAAUGUGCGUGACAGCGACACGUCCUUGUGGCUGCACAACAAACUCGGAACGUCAAAUGACAGCUGGACCGGGAGCUCGAUUUGUUCGCAGCUCAACGCCGAGGUGCUGCGUAACAUCAAGGAUUGCUUUCCCGACCUCCAGACCCAGGUCAAGCUCAAGCUGUUGCUCUCGUUCUUUCACAUACCAAGGCGCAACGUCGAAGAGUGGCGAGUUGAGCUUGAAGAAAUCAUCGAGGUAGCAUCCUUGGAUUCUGAAUUAUGGGUGUCAAUGUUAUCAGAGGCGUUAAAAACCUUACCAUCAACAGGCUCUCUGAAUACAGAUCUAAGAGACUUCGACGAGCGCCGGUCAAUAUUUAGCGAGCUUAUAAACGACCUCCGUAAACAAUUGAGGAAAAAAAGUGAUCCCAACAUGUUACCUCUUGAGUGUCACUUCUUGAACAAGCCAGCAUUGACAUCAGUGGUUGGUCAUCUUCCCAACCCUGUGCAACACUUUAAACUAAAUGAUAAAAGAAAAGCAAAAAGUGCAGGACUUAGGUCCGAGUUAUAUCAGAAAAGCCUGGAUGCUGCAAAUAAUUUUAAAAAGAGCACAGCACCGACAGUGCCCGUCAGAAGUCGAGGAAUGCCAAGAAAAAUGACAGAUACAACACCAUUAAAAGGCAUUCCAUCCCGUGUACCGACUAUGGGCUUCCGGUCACCAACUCUUUCAUCACCAAUGACGAAUCGCCCAUCAUUGGUCAACAGAGUUCGCAAAGAUGGUGGUAUCAAAUUACUGGAUAUAGCCGAGCAACCGCUUGGUUACGCACAGGCAAAGAAACGCAAACGCCAGCAAGAAUUGGAAGAGCAACAGAAAAAGGCCGAGGAAGCAAAAGCAGCAGCGGCUCAACCCGUGGCUCCAGUCGUUCCGACAACCGAGGCCUCCACGACACCAGAGUACGCCCAAGGACUGGCGCCAGCCAUCAACCAACAGCCAGCCACACCAGUUGCAGUCACUACCGUUGUCACACUGGCGACACCGCCUGUCAGUGUCGAACAGAAGCCAGUACUUCCUUACGCCCCUACAAUCAGCACUGCCGCGGUACCUGUCACCCUUGCUACACCAGCUGUAGUUGCAACAACAUCUGCAAAUGCGGUCGCUGCGACCCAGCAUGUCAUCACUCCCGUCGAUUCUAUUCCUGUAACUGUGCAAACAGUUAGACCACCUCCAACAGUCACUCAGAUACGUAUUGCUCCAAGUACACAGCAACAGCCGAACGCAGCAAAUGCGAGAAAAGGCUUGUCACUCACGAGAGAACAAAUGUUGGAAGCUCAGGAGAUGUUCAGAACUGCCAACAAAGUCACCAGACCAGAGAAAGCUCUUAUUUUGGGUUUUAUGGCAGGAUCAAGGGAUAACCCUUGUCCAAAACUGGGAAACAUUGUAACAGUUAUGUUGUCAGAAAAUGUGGAAGAAGUCACUCAACCAGAUGGUUCAACAGUAUUAAUGCAAGUAGAAACGCAUUUCCAAAUGAAUUAUACCAAUGGUGAAUGGAAGAGAAUUAAAAAAAAUCGACGAAUUAUUAAUGAAGAGACUAAUAAUGCAGUUACAGCACACUGAAUCAGCCUUUCUGCUAGUGCCUCUUCUACAAUUUUUGUUAUUUUUUAUUUCUUACAUGUACCUUUGAAUUCGUGACGUAACACAUAACUUGCGACACUUAAAUAUCACUACAAAUAAAUUUAUCUUGCGUAUUGGUGUAAAUCGUAUUUGUACAUAUUUGAAUAUAGAAUUAUUGAUUAUUGUACGCAAUUAGCAAUGUAAAGUAAUUUUAUCGAAAGAUUCGCGCUUGCCAAAAAUUUAAUCUCAUUCAAUACGUCAUAUUCAAACUUUUCAAGCAAAACGCACACCGAUACGCACUAAUUUCAUUUGUAAUUGCAUAAUUUUUUUUACACUCAAAUUAAAUUCUAGUAUUUAAGGAUUGUUUUAGUUAGAAAGAAGAUACCUACAUUUUUAUGUUUAUAGCUUGACAUUAUUUAAGAUUUAAGACAAAAAAAUUAUGCUUUAAGUCAUAAAAUUUGUAUUUUGAUACACUCAGCAUUGGAGGAUAUAAAAAAAACGACUAAUUACUGUCUCUGCGAAGCCUUUAAAGCCUUAAAUGUUUAGUGUUAUUGUGAAGGAUGAUACAAGAAAAAAUAUGAAACGCGGUUGGAUAAACUAUGAAUAAAUCUGUAAAUAUAAAAAUGUUACAUAAUUUUUUUUGUAUAAAAAAUGUUGUAAAACAAAGUAUA